GUGGACGGUGCUGGAGGAGGCGCGAGAGAGGAGAGGAGCGCGAGACAGGUGUUGCUGGGGGUUUGCGCAUCAUCGCCAGUGAUCGCGUUUGGCAGGAUGGGAGCCGCGGAAACACCUACGCCAGCUCACCAUAGAUCCCCAUGUUUUCUGAUAUUUGCUUUGACGGACUACGGAAUUUAAUUAGCGACCAGGAGGCAGCAAGUCACCGUCGCAAUGGUGCACCACUCGGGCUCUAUCCAGUCCUUCAAGCAGCAGAAAGGGAUGCACACCAGCAUCAGCGAGAUCCUGAAGGAGAAGAGCUUGAAGCCGUCGCGUCGCAGCCUGCCCUGUCUGGUACAGAGCCAGACUCAUCCCAUCAACCUCAACCACUUCCUCUCCGUGCCCCUGAGCCCCGAGCCCAAACCUGAGGGGGACAUCCUGAGCCAGGGCUUCAGCACGUCCUGCAGCCUGCUUCCCCCACAGACAGAAGAUGGCAAGGACCAGUACAUGGAGGAGUCUGAGGCCACACCGUGUGAGACCAGAGCAGACGAGACGCUACUGCUGCACAAACCAUCAAUCACACGAGCCAAGCUAGAGGCGCGAGCAGAUUCUCUAAAGCAGGGAGGACCCGAUUCUUCUGGCUUGUAUUUUCGAGAUGGUAAAAAGAGAAUAGAUUAUAUCCUGGUUUACAAGAAAUCCAGUCCUCAGGUGGAGAAACGGUGCACAUUUGAGAAAAACCUUCGUGCGGAGGGUCUAAUGUUGGAGAAAGAGCCUUCAUUGACAAAUAAUGACAUCAUGUUUGUGAAGAUACACGUUCCUUGGGAUGCACUUUGCAAAUAUGCAGAACAAAUGAACAUACGGAUGCCUUUUAGGAAAAAGUGCUACUUCACAGACUGGAAGAGUAAAAAGUUGGGCAGCUGGUUCCAUCUGAGGUGUCGGCAGAUUAAAAGCUGGCUGCCCCGAAAUCCCAUGAAAUUGGACAAAGAGGCACUGCCCGAUCUGGAGGAAACAGAUUGCUACACAGCACCAUUCAGCAGAGCACGGAUGCACCACUUCACCAUCAACAAUAGGGAGACCUUUUUUUCCAACUCCACCCGAAGCAGAAUAGUUCAUCAUGUCCUGCAGCGCACAAAAUAUGAGGACAGCAAAUCAAAGAUAGGUAUGAACCGGUUAUUGGGCAACAACACAUACGAGGCUGCAUUUCCUCCCCAUGAGGGUGGAUACAAGAGCAGACAUCCCAUUAAAACGCAUGGAGCACAGAAUCACAGGCACCUGCUGUAUGAACGCUGGGCCCGAUGGGGACUAUGGUACAAAUACCAACCCCUGGACCUCAUCAGGAGGUAUUUUGGAGAGAAGAUUGGUCUGUACUUUGCCUGGCUCGGCUGGUACACGGGCAUGUUGAUCCCAGCUGCUCUUGUUGGGCUUUUUGUCUUCCUUUAUGGCCUCUUCACUAUGGACUCUAGCCAAGUCAGCAAAGAGAUUUGUGAAGCCAAUACAACCAUCAUGUGUCCCAUGUGUGAUGAUAACUGUGAGCCAUGGACUUUGAGUGACAGCUGUGUGUAUGCAAAGGUUACGCAUUUAUUUGACAAUGGAGGGACUGUGUUUUUUGCUAUCUUCAUGGCUAUUUGGGCCACCGUAUUCCUGGAGUUCUGGAAGAGGAGGAGAGCAGAGUUGACUUAUGACUGGGAUCUCAUUGAUUGGGAGGAAGAAGAGGAGGAGCUGCGGCCUCAGUUUGAAGCUAAAUAUUCCCGAGUGGAGAGAGUGAACCCCAUAUCUGGAAAACCUGAGCCUUUCCAGCCUCUCCCAGAUAAAGUCAGUCGGCUAAUGCUGUCGGUGUCCGGGAUAUUCUUCAUGAUCUCCCUAGUUUUAGCUGCUGUGUUUGCCGUGGUGGUUUUUCGGCUCAUUGCUAUGAAGACAUUUGCUUCCUUCGGCUGGCAUUUUGUGAAGAAGAACUGGCAGUUUGCAACCUCCGGCACCGGCGUCUGCAUCAACUUUAUGAUCAUCAUGUCUCUCAAUGUGGUUUAUGAAAAGGUGUCAUAUCUACUGACUAAUUUAGAGCACCCACGGACUGAAUCUGAAUGGGAAAACAGCUUUGCUCUCAAGAUGUUUUUGUUUCAGUUUGUGAAUUUAAACAGUUCCACUUUUUACAUCGCCUUCUUUCUGGGAAGAUUUGCUGGCAGGCCUGGAAAAUACAAUAAACUCUUUAAUCGAUGGCGGCUGGAGGAGUGUCAUCCCAGUGGCUGUUUGAUUGAUUUAUGCCUGCAAAUGGGAGUCAUAAUGUUUUUCAAGCAAAUCUGGAACAACUUUAUGGAGCUUGGUUAUCCAUUACUGCAGAACUGGUGGUCUCGGAGGAAGAUGAAGAAAGGAGGCGGUGCAGGGCAAAGCGUAGAUAACAAGGCCCAACUUCCACAGUGGGAUAAAGACUGGAAUCUUCAGCCCAUGAACGCACAUGGACUGGUGGACGAAUACCUGGAAAUGGUUCUCCAGUUUGGCUUCACCACCAUCUUUGUCGCUGCUUUCCCACUGGCUCCUCUUCUCGCUCUCCUUAACAAUAUCAUUGAGAUCCGACUUGAUGCCUACAAAUUUGUUACCCAGUGGAGGCGCCCCAUGCCAGCCAGAGCAACAGACAUAGGUAUAUGGCAUGGCAUACUGGAGGGAAUUGGAGUCUUGGCUGUCAUCACCAAUGCCUUUGUCAUUGCCAUCACCUCUGACUACAUACCACGCUUCGUCUACGCCUUCAAAUAUGGCCCAUGUGCGGAUAAGGGGAGUCACUACGAGAAUGAGUGUUUGCGAGGGUACAUGAACAGCAGCUUGUCUGUAUUCGACAUGAGGCAAACCAACAGCAGUCAGUUCAGAUACUGCCGGUACAGGGACUACAGAGCGUCCCCCUGGAGUCCUGCCCCAUAUGAGUUCACUCUGCAGUUUUGGCAUGUCCUGGCUGCCCGACUGGCCUUCAUUAUAGUCUUUGAGCACUUGGUGUUUGGGAUCAAGUCUUUCAUCGCAUAUCUCAUCCCGGACAUGCCCAAGGACCUGUGCGACCGCAUGAGGCGCGAGAAGUACCUGAUGCAGGAGAUGAUGUACGAAGCCGAGCUGGAGCACCUGCAGAAGGAGAGGAAGAAAAACGGGCGGCGCUAUCACCAUGAGUGGCCUUAGCUUUACCCCUUGUGUCCACUACCACAUGCUGCACAGCUCUCAGUCCUCCUGUCCUCACUGUUCUUAGCUUUGAGUAUACACCAAAGACACAGUCACUGCUAACCAGCGCUAACCUCGCUCCACCUCCUCCCUGCCAUCUGCUCCAUGUUUAGUAUUGGCACUCAUCCUCAGUUUCCUCCUAUGACCCUAACUUUGCUGAGUCAUUGUUUCACUGGGAACAAACUUGAUGCGCAAUUGUAAUGUUUACUAUGCAGAUAAAGGGGGCCCCCUCCAGCACCGUGUGGUAGCUCCCUUUGCUUUGACUUAAAUUUGGUGCAGCUUUCAUGAGAUUUUGUCAGUGUUCAACAGGUCCUAUGGUAGAGCUAUUGUGGCAGUUAAUGUUUCUUGUCGCAAAAAGUGGUUUUAGUGAUGUUGCUACCAAAUACAAGAGACAAUAUCAGUGACUGUGUAUUGCCCUAGAAGCAUGCUGAUUCAUAUUUGCAACAAUUUUGUCAACUUAAAAAAAUGACUAAAACAAAAGCGAUGAUCAUUCAGAGUUCUCAGUGACAUCUUAAAGUGCAUGGCAAUAUUGUUUUGUACUUUCCGACAGUCCAUGUCCUGAUGCCUGAUGUUUGUAUCUGAUGUGUGUUAAAGUGUCUGUGCUACCGUUGAGCUUGACUGUGUUGAGGAAAUGUAAAACUAGUGCAAUUUGAUCGUGCCUACAACAGUUGUGCACAUCACCAAUGUGUCACCGACAUCACGUGUGCCUGUGUGUGCUGCACAUGCUUUUCAAGUGCAAGAAGUCUCCUCUUUCUCUCCUACUUUCCCCCCUUCCCAACGAUAGACUCACUGAACUCACCUGUAAGGAUUUGGUUUGGACCUGUGUCACCUUCUGCGGUCUCGGCUAACGACUUAGCUGUAACGUGACUCCCAUCAUGAACAAUGUAUAUGUUUGCAAGCAGGAGCCACUCUUCCGUUUGGGCUGUUUCUCAUUUACCCCUGGGUUAGACUUGGAGCCCUGAGACAUACCUGUGGCUUGAAUGUUUGGGCUGCAAAGAACAUCCUUCAGCCAAUUUUUUUAUUCACAUCAGCAGUGGACAGUUUUCAACACUAUCACUAUUAGCAUUGCCUUUUUGUAUUUAGUUAUGGAAUCAUGGCAGAGUUAAGUGGUUUGGCCAAUGAGGACUCAGGAAAACAAGCAGCAUGAAGCAAUUGUUAUCAUUUGAGAAUUUGUUGUUUAUUUUUCUCAGAAUGGGAGUAUGGGAGUUAUUGCAUUGCAUGACUGGUAAUGCUGAGGUUUGUGGUUUAAAGGAAAGCACAUGUUUUGUGGAUACUACUGCUACUUUUAUGCACAUUCAUAUCUUACAUCAUCACAUUUUCUCCUAUCAUCAUAUAACUUUAAAUCUGUUCCUUUUGUUAUUUAUUUUAUUUGAUAGCUGUCAUUUAAUUUAUAUGUAAUAUUUUUAUACUAUUUAUUUCAGACUUCUUUCAGACUCCUUUUCCAACAAUGUAAUGUCCAUAUUUCUCAGGUGUCCUCUGAAUGUUUGCAAAUGUUCAGCUUUUUAUCCUCACAUUUUCUAAGAUGCAAUCAGAAGUAACUGCUUUUUAGAUAUAUAUUUUUGCACUGCAGUGCUCUUGCAUGAAUAUGAUGCACAUAUAAAGCUAAAAGCAUGAUUUGUUUUGCUUAGAUUAUAUCAAUCAGUUAAAAAGAAUUGCAACCAAUAAGGGGAGAAAGAAAAAGCAAACACAUUAUUCAAAGCCAUUUAUUUCAUUUUAGAGAGAUUAGAUUAAAAUGAUUUAUUUCUCUAGUACACUCGUUUUUAAAUCUUUUCCUGCUAUGUGAACAUUGAGAAUCUAUGCAUGUUGUCCUUGAGUGCUACUUUUCAUUUGUACUGAUGCUAAUAUUAAUGUACUGGUACAUUUGUACUCUAGAAUAUGCAUGAUGUAAAACCUGCUUUGAGCUGAGCUAACGUCUCUAACGUUGUCCACAGCGUCUUAACAUAUCACCUCCCUUUUUUGAUAAUUUAAGUUGUAUGUUUCUCAAUGACUUUUAUACUGUACAAUGGUUUUCUAAAUAGCUAGAGACUCUAGUCAGUGAUGGUAAACAAACUGGACUAAAAUUUGUGAAGUUAACUUAAAUUUCCACUCGCAGACAAAGUGAUAGACCAACUGGAAUGGUGUAUACUGUUUGAAAUGACCUUGGAUGUGUGUAGUACCAGCCUCUAAUGGUUUGCAGAUGGAUUACUUCAUGUUAUCGCUUCUCAAUGAGGACUUCUCGACAAUAAAUGCUGCAGUGGAGAGGUGUUGAGGCCCAUCCCACUGUUGGCCAUAGCACAAUAAGGCGCUUGUAUAAGGAGUAAUAAUGGCAUGACCUUGCACAUUGAAAACACUGCGGUCUGGAGGGGACUGGAUUUUGUUGUGUGCUCUGUUUCAUGUGGAAGCACAUAGUUUUAACUGGACAAUAGAGAGAUACUAGUGACAUGAGGUGUAUCUAUAACAUGUUUUCUUUGUUCAUGUUUACAUAGAAAAACA